AUGGGCGUCCGCAUAGGCAUCAACGGCUUUGGCCGCAUCGGCCGCAUUGUUCUGCGAAACGCUCUCUGCAGCACCGACCUCGAGGUGGUCGCCGUGAACGACCCCUUCGUCACUGCCGACUACAUGGCAUACAUGUUCCAGUACGACACCGUGCAUGGCCGCCACGGCGGCACCGUCGCCGCCCAGUGCGGCUGCCUGCUUGUCGGCGGCCGCACAAUCAAGGUCUUUGCUGAGCGCGACCCUGCAAACAUCCCGUGGGGCGCAUGUGGCGCAGAGUACGUGGUGGAAGCAACGGGCGUGUUUACAGCCGUCGCCGACGCGAGGAAGCACCUGACGGGCGGUGCGCGCAAGGCAGUCGUGAUUAGCGCACCGUCGGCAGAUGCGCCGAUGUAUGUCUGCGGGGUGAACUUGGACGCGUACGACGGGUGCGAGAACGUCGUGUCGAAUGCAUCGUGUACAACCAACUGUCUUGCGCCGCUGGCAAAGAUCAUUCAUGACAACUUCGGGAUCGUCGAGGGACUGAUGACGACGGUGCAUGCCGCCACGGCGACGCAGAAGACCGUCGACGGGCCGUCGGCAAAGGACUGGAGAGGAGGGCGGUCGGUGUUCGGAAACAUCAUCCCGUCGUCAACGGGAGCGGCGAAGGCGGUCGGGAAAGUGAUUCCGGAGCUGAAUGGGCGGCUGACGGGGAUGGCGUUCCGGGUGCCCACAGCGAACGUGUCGGUCGUGGACCUGACGGUGCGGGUCGAGAAGGCGACGUCGCUGAACGAGAUCAAGGAGGUGAUCAAGAAGGCAGCGGAGACGCAUCUGCAGGGGAUCAUGGGGUAUACGGAAGAAAGCCUGGUGUCGUCGGACUUUGUGGGGCACACAUGUAGCUCUAUCUUUGACGCGGAGGCAAGCAUUGAGCUGAACAGCCGCUUCUUCAAGCUGGUCUCAUGGUAUGACAACGAGUGGGGCUACAGCAGGCGGAUCUGCGACCUGAUUCGAUACAUGGCGACGAAGGAUGCAGAGAUAUGCCGCUGAGGCGGGCAGGACACGCUGCUAAGCGUGUCCGUAAGCACUCGGGAGUUUGGCGGG